UAUAUUCUUGUUACUCAUCAAAAGAACAAAUAGCAUGCCAUGUGCAUUAGGACAAGCCACAUUUUUCGCCGUGGGCGCAUGGCUGUACAUCCAUGGAUGGGAGUUGAGUGCUAUCCGGUCUCCACCAAAAUAAUCAACGGCGUUUCUAGGUUUAAGCCCGGGUACAAUCACUUACGCACCAUUCAGCCCCAGCGACCGAUUCGUUCUAUUGGUAUUACUGGAACUCAGCCCCUUGUUCUCUACAACCGGAUGGAUCAGAUUAUCCAAAUCGAGAACGCCAUCGCGCUGCAACGAGUUGAGCGGCAAAUCGAGGUGACGCUUUCACAGCUUUCACUGGGCAUUCGCAACGCGGAUAACUUUCUGGAAAAUCAUUUGAUGAACAAAGAGGUUCGCCCCUCGGUGCACACGCUAUGGUUUCACGAUAACGGCCUGCGCGAGCACCAGUACAUCCUCUCUACCCUCGCCGCACAUCAUCUAGUCCCGUUAUUUAGCCUGGUAAGCUACGAUGUUGAGCGGGGUAAGAUGUCCGUCGCACAGGCCGAGGAGGUCUAUGAGGAGCUGAUGGAUUGUUCGUCCGCGCAGCCUAAAAUCGUGCAGCGGGAGCUGGCUAAUCAAAUGAUCCGAGUUUACUGCCUCAAUGAUGACUACCGCAAAGCAAUCGAGGUUAUUGAUGAGAUGAAGGCGAAGGGUAUCCGGCGAACCUUCGUGUCGUACGCACCGUUGUUUCGCAUGAUUCGGAUGAACAUGGAUGUCGACAGGCAGGUGGAGCUGCUGCGGCAUAUGCGCGAAGUCGAGGGUGGCCAGUUCCUGAAGUUCCUGUUUAUUGACGUGCCGCGAAUGUUCUACAUGUUUGGUGUGUUUAUUCGUUACAACUGGGUGCUCAUUAACGUUUGCUUCAUCAUGCUCGCAACCACGAUGUUUCUCUCCUUGUACAAUUUUGGUGUGUUGAUACUCUAAAAUGUGAAUGCCAGAAAAGGGGGGUCGGGCUGGGCUCAUGGGGGAGCGGACACGGUACCUAAUCUUGGUUCGGCUCAUAGGCCUUGGCCCCUGUUGCUUUUGUAUAUUAAUACCGAUAUUGGAAUACAUACUAUUAUUCAAUCAAUUGAAAGGUUGUUAUUUUAUUUUUCGAGUAGACUAAAUAGGAAUAGAAACACAAUAAAA